UCCAAAUACAGUUAAAAGAUAAAGCACAAAAAGUGGAAAUACCCUUGUAAGUUUUGUGAUAUAAAAGUUUAAUAUAUAAAAAGGUCUUACAAUUAAGAGAUAAGUAAUAUAAUAAAGCCCAGAAAAUGAUACUAGCAGGCAGUUUUUAAAAAGAUGUAAAAAUGAUUAAUGAAGAGAUGCUCAGGCUCAGUCCUCUAAGGCGUGAAAAACCACGCACACAGUCAUACACAGGGAGCCCCCAAACCUCUCUUCCACAGACCCUCCCAUAGAUACACUUCUGGUCACAGACACAAUGUACCCUACGUAUACAGAGACCGUACACUCCCUGAGGCACUGACACCUGCUGCUGCAUGCUGUGUAGCUUGAGCUACUGGUGUUGGCCAGGGGUACUAUCUUGAGUAUUUCAAAGGCACCAUUCCUGUUAGAAAGCUAAUGAUGUGGUGUAGGACCUCAGCAGAGUGUCCUGGGAUGCCAUUGUUGUAGAAAUCCCUAUCCACUGCUCUGCCCCCAGGCUCCUGGGAACUAAGUGGGCGUGGAGGCAGAGCCUGGAACCCCUCAGAACAUAGGAGGGAACAAGGCCUUCCCCCUGACUAUCUGAACCUGCACUUCUGGGUAGUUCCAGACUUCAAAGUGCCCCAGGCCAUUUAUUUAGAAACAGGCCCAAAGGUGGAUGGCCUGGUCACCCAGCAAAUCAGCUGCUAAUGUCUCUUACACAGGCCAGAAAGCCACAGCACUCGCCAACCAUCCUGGUUCAUGAGCAGCCACUAGUUGUAUCUUUGCAGUCCUGGCUUGCAGCAGCAUCUGGCAGUUUCUCUGCUGAGGCAAGACCGAGGCAGGGAUUCUAGGAGAGUCAGCCGCUGAGGACAAUCUGUCCGGGAUCCAAUACCAAUGUUCUAUGUGACCAUGGUUUCUGGGUCUCAGGCCCUUGUCAGUGCAGGGUGAGGGCUGGCAACAGAAUUCAAGGCUGUUCCCACCCAGAUGGUCCCUGAGGGUUUUCUCUUUCUCUGUAGGUCUGUUACUAUCCAGGGCAGGUGCUCUAUUCUGAUACUAAGGACAAGAGGAAACAGAAAAUAGAUACCUGCAAAACCUCAUGAAGUCGAAUGGCUCCAUCAACCAGUGGUCCUGAUAUCCUGUAGCCUCAGUGCUCAUAGGUGACUCCAGCCCAGAGCUGCCUGGGCCCAGUGGAAGCCUUAUCAGGACAAAGAGGAGCCAUGGCACUGGAGACCUCUGUCCCCUCACAAAAGCUCUUUUCUUUUUCUGAACUGGAGCUGUGAGCCUGGAAGGGCCAGGAUUAAAUAAAGCCUUUGUCCCUCAGUCCCAAUCAGCAUGUUCUGUCCCUGCAGCACACCCUUCUUCCCUGGCCUGUCACAUUGGAAGGGUCCUCAGAGAACAUCUGCUCCUGCCCUGUCCAGGUCAGGAUGGUAAAUUGAGGCUUAGAGGGAAAUAUGGCUGCCCAGCACCCAGCCGGUGAGGGGAUGGCCUGGGGAGAGAGGCCAAGGCAGGACAGGCCUCCAAUGUCAUCUUGGGAACAAGAGGCCCAGCACAGCUACCCCUGGGCUAUCAUCCCUCUCCUCCUGGCAGAGAAUUCUGAGAAGAUGCCUCUGGACUCUUCUGUCCUCUCUGCCUCUGACGUCUGCAUUCUCCCCAGACUACAACCCCACUCUAUGUGCUAUCCUGUCUCUUGAUAGGGAACUGAGGACACCCUUCCCCUUGCCACAGGCCAGGGUCGACCAAGUGCUGGGGACCAGGAGAUGAGCGAAUCUUGGCCUUCUCCGCGAGUCCCCAGUCUACCGGUUGGGAGAGCUCCCUGCAAGUCCCUUCCCCCAGCUCUGAGGCCAGAACGCAGCACAGACCACGUGGUCCCCAGCAAAUCCAACUGAUCUCAAGGCUCCCGGGACUCUAGCCCCCCGUCUGAACCUGCUCUGCUGGGCCCUGGCUCCAACUGCGCUCGGGCAGCCAGCGGCCAGAGCCUCCCUCUUGCUCCAGCUCUGCCUGCAACAGCUUGCCAGUCCCCGGGUGGCUCCGGUGAUCCUGCAUUGUGCCUCCAGCCCCUGCCAGCCGCUGAAAUCGCACAGGCACUCAGCACAGGCCCAGCCUCCAGGAAGACCUCGCGCUGUGCGGCCGAUUUCCUCCAGCCCGCCACGGGGAUCAGGAUGAACUGGUAACCCCGGGAGCUGUUUGAUGGACUCAUUUCUCAAGCCCAAAACCGGGUGGCUCAGACACUUGAUUGAUCUAAGAACAUGAAUAGAGGGAAGGAGGGGGCCUCGUUUAGUACACUCAGAAUUUAUGAUGAACCAGAGGAGUGGAGGAACGUGCUAGAAAGCUCUGGCAUUUCCUCCCAGCAUGAGCACCAAGCACAAUCCCAAGCAGAGGGGGAGUAUGGGAUGCCUCAGCAGCCCCUGGCUCCCCAGACAUCGCAUGGCCCGGUUUAUCAGGAGAUGAGCUCUGGGACCCCACAACAGUGGGUCCUCCAGCCUCUGGACAGAUCUGAGCUCCAGGCCAGCUGGCUUUCUGAGGCGGAGCCAGAAGCAGCAGCAGAACUGGAUCGCAGCUUCCUGCCAGGACCCGAGUGUGGCCAGCCUUGCCCCUCGCCACCUCCCAGUGAAGAAGUCUGGUCAUUCCUCAGGGCAAUUCCUCCCGUUCCUGAUGAAGUGGUGGUCAGGCAGAGAGCCCCACGGGAGUCCUGGAAGGUUGGCAAUGUCCGCCAUGGAAAGAAGGUCUACGCCAUUGCCAUCAGCGGCUCGACUCACCACGUGUACACGUGUGGGCAUGGCUACAUUAAAGUGUGGGACGAGAGCGCUCUGCAUGCCUGCAACAAGGCCCCACAGGCCCAGCUGGACUUCCAGGACCGUCAGAGCCGUGUCCUCGCCUGCAAGCUGCUGCCUGAUGAGCAGAGCCUGAUCACUGGGGGUCUGUCCCGGAACCUGACUCUUUGGGAUCUGGCACCCACGCCUCGCGUCAGGGCACAGCUGGCCUCCACAGGCCCCAUGUGCUAUUCCCUGGCUCUCUCCUCCAAUGCCCAGAUCUGCUUGGCUUGUUUCAAAGGAUUUGUUGAGAUUUGGGACUUGCAGAACCAAAUCUUGAUCAGUUGUUUUCCCUCCAGGAAGCACGAAGUCCCUGAAUAUGGAUCCCGAUGCGUGGACAUCGCAGGCAAUAAGUUCUGGACAGGAGGUGAAGAUGCCAGCCUGUAUUCCUGGGACCUGAGGAGCUACCAGAGGGUGCAGGAGCACCAUUUCCGGCAUGAGAUCCUCAGCAUUACCCAUGACCCCAGCGAAGAGUGGGUGCUAGUAGGCUUGAGAAACAGUGACAUCAUAAUCCUACACACGCACCGGAGGGAGAAGUUGAAGAUUUUCUUUAACAAAUACAUCCACCACCACAACCUCAAGUUUUCCUCCUGUGGGAGCUAUUUUGUGACCACGCUGGAUGAAUCGAUCCAUUGCUUAGCUGCACCUUCUCUACAAAGGCAGAGGAGUCUACAGAUAUCCUGUGUUGUGAUGUGUCCUCUGACAACCAGUAUCUGGUCACAGGCUCCAAGAACAGUGCCACUGUUUACCAGCUCUUGUAUUGAAGGUUGGCGUGCCGUGAUCCUGCUGGCGAAGACCCAGGGAAGGUCAGCAGGUGGAGCGGAUGACCACUUCCAUGCCCCGGAUACCUCCACCUUAACCCUCGAUGGACCGUCAUCUGUCCAUUCCCCCCGCCCCUGGCACACGCUCAGCCUGUGUUCUCAGGUUUUUAUGAGAUGGCUUAGGGGUUUUUCCUUUGUUAUUUUUCUACCACUGAUUUCUGGGUUUGGGUGGGGAAACCUGACUUUAUAACUAACAAAAUAGAAAAGCAAAAACCAAAA